AUGGUAAAAAUAGAAAUAGAAGAGGUCACUGAGGAUAACAUUAAAUUCACACUAGAGGACUGCACACUCGGCAUGGCAAAUGCACUGAGGCGUGUGAUAAUGACAGAAAUCCCUACUCUAGCCAUAGACAUUGUGCAGUUUGACAAAAAUUAUACGGUUAUUCCAGAAGAAAUGACGACAGACAGACUUGGACUAAUUCCCAUAGAAAGCAGCACGGUAGAAAAGUAUCUGUAUCCAAAAGACUGCAGCUGCAAAAGUUUCUGCAAAAACUGUUCUAUCUCUAUUGUACUCGAUGUGAAGAAUGACGGACCAACGACUUUGACAGUAACAUCGAAGAGUCUGUUCAUGGAAGGGGGCGUGUCUCUAAAUAUUGGUGACCCAAAGCACCCUUCCAUUAUAACCCGACUGGGCCACAAGCAGUCAAUAAAGUGCAAAUGCAUUGCUGUAAAGGGGGUUGGAAAGAAGCAUGCUAAGUGGUCUCCCGUGGCCACAGUUGCCUUUGGAUACGAUGAAGACAACUCCUUAAGACACACUAAAUUCUGGCACGAAAAAGAUAUUAAUAGUGAGUGGCCCAAGCCGUGGUUUGCUGGCGAGUCAGCCUCUGCGCAGUCAGAAACAUACAAGCACAGCACAGAGCCAAAAAAGUUCCAUUUUAAUGUUGAAGUAAUAAAAGGAUCCUUGAAGCCAAUGGAGGUGUUAUCGCAGGCAGUGAAGGUGCUUAAGGACAAAUUAAAACAUGUAAGGGAUGCGUUAGAAGAGAUAUAA